AAACACAAGAAAUAAGCGGGAAUUUUUAUUUGAGUUUUGAAUGGCCACUUCUUCACUUACCCUUUUGAUUGAAAGUAUUUGCGGUAUAAUUGCAAAAUUAAAUUUUUAUCACACAUAAGAACAACGGAACAUUUAAUACAAAUUAAACAUCUGAAAAAUAUUGAAGAUGCGGAAGAUGCAAAUUUACACAUUAAACUGGUUCUGGUUGCUUUGUACAAAUACAAUGAUAUGUUAGCAAUUAUCUUAGUCGACAAUGGAGAUGACUAAGGAAGUUCUUAUAUGACAGCUCUGAAGAUAUUCGCAACCUGGAAGAUCAUGAAGAAACAAGAGGAAGAUUUUUAACUUAGUUAUUUUAAGUUUUUUUUCGAAUUUGGCGGUGGAGAUAAAUUAAAAAAGUUUUCAGUUAAAAUAACGACUCGAUUUUUAAUUAAAUUUUCACUUUAGAAAUCUCGUGUCUGAACUUUAAAAUGUCUCAGGGAAAUAAUCUUUUUUAAAUUAUAUUUUCAUUUUAUAAAAAGCUAAACGAUUUGCAGACUUUUUCAACUUAUUUAUGGAAAAUGAAAUAGAUUGCAGAAAAAGUAAAACGAUUCCUGAGCAUUAUUAACAUAAUAUUGUCAAAAUAUUAUUAACAGAAUACUAUAUGAUAUGCUUCAACUUCCUCUUAAAACAUCCGUCUUGAAGAAUUCCCUUACAUGGCAAGUUUGUAAGAUGCUUUUUUAUGAACGUGUAAUAAUCGAUACUUUAUUCUAAUAGAUGAAGGGAUGAAGCCCAUUUUUAUUCGCGAAGAAUUGGAACUACCAGUAAAAUCUCUGGAUAGUGAAAAAUCAGAAAAUAUGGCUCGCUUCCUGAAGACGCAUUUCAAUCUGCGCAACAAGUUGGCUAAAAGGCCGAUAGACGAUCGACUAUCAUUCUAUGUCAGAGGACAAGGUGGUCCAAGGGGGCGAGCGAGUGACGCUGUUAGAUCAGCCAAGCAACUCCACAACAACGCAAGAGUGUAUGGAAAAAGCCGGCAGUAUCGUCGACGGUUAUCGUGUCGUCUGCUUCAGUCAUUUUCAGUCAAUAGCAAAAAUGUCGCAGGACAUUCGCUUUAUUUCGCUUUCAGUCACUCAGUGUUUAGGUUAUGCGUUGCGUAACCAGAUGUAACCACGCAUUACAAAAAUGUUGAAGGAUACCAAGAAGAAGCUUUUAUCUUUCGAAGAGACAUAUAAGCUUUCAGAUGAAAGAUGCCUUAAAACAGUCUAUUUUACAUCAUUUAUUUUUUGAGCGGGAAAUUUACAAAUCUUUAAAUGAAAAA